AUGGCGCCUCGGAAUCCGCGCCGAGGACACGAGAACGGCGCUGAGGAGAUGGUGGAAUCGGGAUGCUGUCUAGUCGCGGCAGGUGGUGCUACUACUGCGACCACUACUUCUACUAUUACUUGGUCUUUACCAGAGGAGCGUUCUGGCAGGAAGAAGGUUGCCGCGGGGAUGAUGAGGACGAGGAUGGAUGAGUGGGAGAUUCAAAGACGAAACGACGCGGACGAGGAGGACAGGGACGGGGAUUAUUACAUCUCGGUAGUCCGCAGCGCGCAUGUUUCUGCGACGACUAUCCCGCUCGGUGACGAUUUCCCGACUGCUGCUGCUGCUGCUGCUGCUGCUGCUUACCCUUCUUCGCGGUUCUCCACAUCUAUGAAUCCACCAACAACAAAUCCAAUAACGGCGAAAGUAGUAACGGCAACAGCAACAGACGUCCAGACGCCGGGCAUCCCGACGGGUACCAUCGUGGGCAUCGUCGUCGGCGUCUCCCUCGGUAUCCUUCUGCUGCUGGGCGUGUUUUACGUCUACUUGCUGCGGGCGCGGAUAAGGAGACGGAGGAGGAGGAGGAGGAGGAGGAUGAGGAGGAGGAGUGCGCGGAGGGGUGGGAGGAGGGGUGAGCCCGCGCCUCCUGUCCCACCUCCCGCUGAAGGCGUCUUCCCACCUGCGAAUCCAUGA